UGUAUGCACGGUCUAAGGAAGUUCAAAAUUGUUUUGCAGUAAAAACAAAAACAACUACGAACAUAUUGAUUUGCAAAUCAAACGUAUAUGCACGAUUUAAGCAUAAAUCUGUGCGUAAACACAGUAGAGUGAAUGAGGUCCAUUGAGUUUUGUGACCAUAUAAGCACCGAACCUAGUAAAAUAAAUACCUUUUUUUUUUUUCUCAAAAAUUAAAUGUUUAUCUUUUUCUUUCCUUUCGUAUUCAGCAGUAGAACAUGGGAGUAUGUAGGACGCAACAGAGUCCAAGAAGCAAUAGUUUCCCUAGCCAUGUGAAAACUGGAAAAUCCCAGAAAUAUGAGGGAAAAAAUAGCUGUAUAUAAUUUUGGGGAAUAAAUACAUUUAAAAAAAGUUGAAAUUUGACAUUUCUGUCCCAACCAAUUUAGUUAAUAGACGCUAUAACACAUAAAUUCUGCUCCCUCGCGGGAAUUCAGCAUUACAACAACAAAGCCAUCCGUCGCUUAGAUAUGACGUAGCGGCCUACUUGUAUGUGAUGAUUCUACAAUAUUUGUUUUCCUAUUUUGAAGGACACCCAGUGGGGAAAAAGAUGGAUUCUUCAGAAGAGGCAGUUGUUUUACAUUUACUAUUAUUGCUGCAUUUUGUGCAUGCAUUUCUCAGACGUUGCUGAGUUGAGUUUAUUUGACAUGAGGCACCUUGUUGGGCAGCUAAGGGGUCCACGGCUUUUUGGGUACUGGCCUUUAAGGCACAAUAAUGAAUAUAGCUCUGUCGCCUAAGUUUUAUUUUUUUUAAACUACCGGUACUAAAAAAAAAAAUGGUACCGUGCUACUUUUGACGUUAAAAUACCUCGGUAUGGUACUGGUAUUGGUACUUACUGCAACACUAACUGCAGGUUUAAUAUACCAUGUAAAUAAAAAACAUAAUUACAAAAAUAUGAAAUAAAAAAUAUUGUUUUUAGAAUAUUUAUACACAACAUAAGAGGAGGGUUCAUCAGUUAACCAAAUUUAGGAAAAUAGAGCUAAAUGAACGCAAAAAAAUAACAGGACUUUUGAUGAUGUAAAUGCCUGGUGGGCUGGAUUUAAAAAAAAAAAAAAAAAACAACAACAACACAACAGGCCAAAUGUGGCCCUCAGGCCAUACCUUGCCCAACCAUGCUUUGGAUCGUUUGUUGCCGUCUUGAGUGUUUUUGUCGGAAGCUGGCCGCCGCCGUGUGCCAAAUUUGACUUUUCCACAAGGCGUGCCAACAAGGCGCUAUCACGGCUGCCCUGCCCAUCCUCAUUUCCUCAUUCUUCAACUCAGUCCACCGAGAGUGAGCGUUGUGGCAUUGUUCUCCCAACGGUCAAGCAGGAGCCGCUUUUUCACGGAUUGCUGACAGGUAGCAAGCGGUAGGGCUACUGGUCGCGGGGCGCUGGACCCUAUCCCAGCUGACUUCAGGCAAAAGGUGGACUACACCCUGAACUGGUCGCCAGUCAGUCGCAGGGCACACAGAGACACGGACAACCAUUUGCGCUCACAUUCACACCGUCACUGAGUGGGAACUGAACCCAUGCUGCCCGCACCAAAGUCAGUGAGCUACAAGGCUGCGUCAUGUGAAGAAGCCUCCACCUUUUGACCUUCUCUACUGUGAUUCUGAGUCUAAGUGACCAGAAGUGAUUUUGUGAUUACGACCUGACCCCGCCCCUCAAAGGCCUCGGGCAUGCCUCAGCCGGGUAUGAAUGGCAUGGAGCCUGCUUUUGGCGAGGCCUAUGGGGGCCACCGGGCUUUGCUCAGCCCCUACCCAAUGGCCAUGUCACCGCAAGGGGGCAGGACAGAGUACGACCAGAGCAUUCUUCUCAUGCUGGGCUCCCCGGCGUCCCCCCGCAAACGCCCCUUUGAGCUGCUCAGUGACCUGGUGGACGAUGGCGGCCUGGGCGAGGAUCUGCAUGCUGAACGCUGGGAUGUGUCGGCCCUGGACGAGAUGGCCCGCUACACCAAGCUGGGCCUGGGCGUGGCCUCCGAGGACGCCGUGCUCAUGGGUCGCUGGGGACGGAGCCGCGAGGAGGACAAUCCGGCCAAAGACGAGUUGGUAGCCACCGCGGGUGGAGGACUAGAUGGCGGCGUGAGGAAGGAGAACACUGUGGAGGUGUACCAGUCACACGUGGGGGACAACAGCCACCAAUCACCAGUCAGACACAACAAGGUGACACAGGAGAAGGACCAUCAGAAGAAGGCGCUGGCGGUGGGUUCGCUCCUGGAGCACCGCAGUGAGGAGCACAACUACUCCCUCGGCCAGGGAGGAGAGCCGGUCGUCACUCACAGCGUUGUGGAGGAGGUGCAACAUCAGCGGGAGGAGGCACAGCAGGAGCGGGAGGACAGAGAGGAGAAGCCAGAUACGGAGGAUGAGGACGAGGAAGAAGAGGACGAGGAUGAGGAGGAAGACGAAGGCGAGGAAGAGACUGCGGCCGAUCUCUCGAGCUCGUCGGAAACGGAAUGCGAGGCGGAGGCGGAGCCUGCGAGGCCGCUAGGCGAGCGCCCGUCCAAGCGCCGUUGCUUCUGGGAGUACCGACGCUCGCGGGAGUCUGCGGCUAAGAAGAAGGUGUGCGGAGGAGGAGGAGGUGAUUGGUCGCUGUCGUGGAGCUCCAGCACGCUGCCCAGCACGCUGUACCGACGACAAGGCAAGAAAGGGCGCCGCAAGGCCCGCAAGACGGACGCCAGUGACCUGACUCCCAACCCGCAGAAACUGCACAACAUCGGGGAGCAGCUGCAGAAGCUCAACGCCGCCAUCGACAGCAUGGGGCCCGUCAACGACCUCCCGGCCCUCGCCAGGGCGCGAUCACGCAAGGAGAAAAACAAGCUGGCGUCCAGGGCAUGCCGUCUGAAGAAGAAAGCACAGCAUGAGGCCAACAAGAUUAAACUGUGGGGGCUCAACCAGGAGUAUGAAAACCUGCUGGGGGCGCUUCUGCGUAUCAAGGAGCUCAUCCGGCAGAGGGUGGAGAGCAGCGAAGAAGAGGACGCGGGCGAACGAGGAAUGACGUGCCGUCUGGAGGACAUCCUUGCUCAGUCCAACGGUCCUCUGGUCGCUGGGCGGACCAAAGACUUUGUGCAGAGGAUCUUGGCAGCCAGCGGGGGUCCUAGCCAGCACAAGGAGUCUCCCCAGGAAAACCACCAGGUGGCGCUCUAAACCUGACCCGGGGAUGUCCCCGUGUGAGUGUAUGCUGCUUUUGUAAAAUACUGUACCCCCCUUUUUCCCGCUGUGUGCUGUACUCGUACCCCAUUGUGCCUAUAAAUAGACAAUGCACUGUUUUUGUAGAUGCCUGUAGUGGUCCGCGGGGGGGCGCUAGUGAGCCGAGGGGGGGCUCCGAGAGCAGGGUUUCUCAAACUUAGGGUCUGGAAGUCGGGUCUCGGAUACGGGAGAAGCAGUGUGGUUUUCCUCCUGGCCGCGGGGCAGUGGACCAGCUCUGCACGCUCGGCAGGGUCCUCGAGGGUGCACGGGAGUUCGCCCAACCAGUCUACAUGUGUUUUGUGGACUUGGAGAAGGCGUUCGACCGUGUCCCUCGGGGGGUCUUGAAGGGGGGUGCCUCGUGAGUAUGCGGUACCGAACCCCCUGAUACGGGGCUGUUCGGUCCCUGUACGACCGGAGUCAGAGUUCGGUCCGCAUAUCCGGCAGCAAGUCGGACUCGUUCCCGGCGAGGGUUGGAUUCCGCCAAGGGCUGCCCUUUGUCACCGAUUCUGUUCUUAACUUUUAUUUGACCUCCUCUUGUGUUACAACAAAAACAAAACACAAUUCUUAUAAGAUUGACUCUUCUUCUCUUUACCAAAACCAAAACUUUUUGCGAUAGACUUUUUGUUGUAUCCACUAAUUACAUCCAAAAUUGCAACUUAUUUAUUUUGUGGACCUGAGGUUGAGAAGCACUGGCUUAGAGGAUGCGCGGGGGGGGUGUCUUUUUUUUUGGUUUGAUGUCGGAGCAGCUGUACGCCCCACUCCCUUCCCCCUUGAGCUUCCUCUUCUUCCUCCUCAUCAUCACGCCGCCAUGUUUAGAAAGCUGCACCUUAAUUCAUCCAAACCGACCAAAGAGAGAAAAAACACCAAAACCUCACACACGCUGCCAAUGUUUUAUUUGUUUUGAUUUUGACUGAAACACCAGCAUGCACCCCCCCACUUUUAACCCCCCCUCCCCAGUCCAAGAAAUGCAUUUCAGCCCCCCCCACGUGUGCCCCCCCCACACCUGAUUAUGUAGCGCACCUUUGUAACCACAGUUAAACACUCUUCGAGAGCAAAUAAUGCAUUUUUGUUACUAUUUUUAUUUGUAUUUUGCUAUAUGCAGACCCUUUCCAAAAAUGUGAAUAUCAUGGAAACGUUUAUUUCCAGAAUUCCAUUCAAAAAGUGAAACUUUCGUAGGCCCACAAUUUCAAGUGUUUGUUUUGACACAAUUUGGGCUUCCAGCUCCUAAAACCCACGAAAUCAGGAAUUGCAUAAAUUCGAAUACUGUGAAGGAAUCACCAUUUACUUCUCAGUUUUUGUAGGAAGAACAGAGAAAUUAGCAUCACAUGAAAUCAAUCGCUUUGAAAACGCUAUGUUAAUCUUCAAUACUUGGUUGGGAAUCCCUCCGCUUUAAUCACUGCGUCGAUGCGCCGCGGCAUCAAGGCAAUCGGCCUGCGCCGUUGCUUGGGCGUUAUGGAAGCCCACAUGUCCUUGAUGCUUGCUGUCAGUUCUUCUUUUUUUGGGUCUGGUGCCCCUCAUUUUCUUCUUGAUAAUAGCCCGUAGAUUCUCGAUGGCGUUUAGAUCCGGCGCGUUGGCUGGCCAUUCAAGCACUGUGAUGGCAUGGGCAUCACACCUGGUUUCGGUGCUUCCGGCGGUUAUGUCCUGCUGGAUGAUGAAAUCUGCAUCUCCAUACAGAUCCUCAGCAGAAGGAAUCAUGGAGUCCUCUAAAACAUUCUGGUAGACUCUUGCGGGUGACCUUGGAUUUAAGAAAGCAGAGUUUACCAACACCUGCACUGGACAUUGCACCCCAAAUCGUGACUGACUGGAUAUUUCACACCGGACCUCAAGCAGCUUGGGUUCUCUUCUUCACCCGUCUUCCUCCAAACCCUCGGACCUUGAUUCCCGAAUGAAAGGCACACUUUACUUUCAUGGGAAAAGAGGACUGGCCAACAAUCCAGUCCUUCUUCUCCUUGGCCCAGUUGAGACGCUUCCUACGUUGGCUCCGGCUCCGAAGCGGCUUGACCCGAGGAACCCGACAGUUGUAGCCCAUCUCCCGGAUGAGUCCUAAAGUGGUGGUUUUUGAAGCUGUGACUCCCGCCUCAUUCCACUCUUUCUGGAUCUCUGCUAGCUUCUUGAAUCUUCUCUGUUUGAUAACACUGGAGAACAAUUUGAAGAAAUAAUCAUCUGUAGUUAGAUUUUUAUGCUGAUUCAAAAAUUGCAGUCAGUUUUUUUUCUCCACAGCUUACCCUCCAGAUAAGCAAAAUUCCACUGAUUAGCUGUAGUGAGACUUGCUAGCUGAUUACGAUUGGACUCAUCUACAGCUACGUGGCAACUCGUUUGUGCAGUCACAAUUGAGACUGCGGCGAGAGGUGUGUGCGGCUCCCAAUGGCUCAGUACGAAACAGAAAGCUAGCAUAGUAGGAAUUAAGAGGAUUUGGGCUGGCUUUUCUCUUAACCUUGUAACCAUGGGCAUACAGUUGUAAGUUCUAAGUAUUUUAGUUUUGUAACUAUUCCAUCUUAGUGUUUUAUUUACAUAUUUGUUCUACUCUGUUAAAAAACUUGACCCGAUGGAGAAAAACUGAGCUCAGUUUUGGAUUCCGCACCCUAAAAUUCAAAUUGUGUUCCGCAGUGAUAGUCCGCUGAAGCCCACGGUCAUCUCUUUUGCUUGUGCAUCUUCCCCUGCUAGACUUUCAAUUGGACACAGCACUCUGUGAACAGCUAGCCUCCUUAGCUAUGAACUCUCGUGGCUUAGCCAUCCUACGGAGGCUAUCAAUGAUGGUCUUCUGGCCAUGACACACCUGGCCUUGAGCUCAGUAGAUGAUUACUGUGUGACACUCCGUUGAAAACAAAAUUUGGGCUGAUUCCUUCACAGUAUUCUAAUAUUUUGAAUUCCUGAUUUCGUGGGUUUUAUGAGCUGGAAGCCCAAAUUAUGUCAAUAUAAACGAAUAAAUACUUGCAAUGGUUUAACUUGUGGGCCCUGAAUCUAUAAUCUAUAAAAGUUACAUUUUUUUGAAUGGGAUUAUGGAAAUAAAUCAACUUUUCCAUUAUAUUAAAAAUGUUUGGAAAGGGUCUGUAUAUACGGUGUGUGUGUGUGUGUGUGUGUGUGUAUAUAUAUAUACACACAUCCACACUACUUCUAAAAAGUUUUUGAUGUUGGCCUCGGAUGCGUGAACAUUUGCAAGGACGUCCGCGUCUGUUUCACUCUCUGUGCUUUUUGUUGCACAACUCGCUGUUCUCUAACAAGGAGCUAAAGGGCAAAAGGUCACAACAGGCGUUUGAUCCAUGAACCUUCCCAGGGCCGUCCACUUGUAUGCCUUUCUGUGACUCCUCCAGUCACUCCCUGUGUGAAGUCUCGUCCUGUUGCUCAGUUGUUGGGCGUUGUCUUGGUCUCGUGAUAUCAGAAUGUGAGCAGUAUGAUGAUGAGGUCUGCAGGACGUUUACUGCAAGUCACAGAAAGGAAUACAAGCGAACGUCCUUGGAAAUGUUUCCAUUUGUGAAGUUUGCUAUCCUCCUCUCAUUGUCGAACAGAAAGUUGUGAAACAUUCAACGGUUGGACAUGUUCAAAAUUAAGUUGACCCGUCAAGGAUCUCGUGCAUUUUAGGUUCAUCUUGAAAGUUCAGUUGUCAGAAACUUUUUGUGAGUAGUAUAUUGUUGAGUUAGUUUUUGGCCAUGUCUGCCUUUCUUCUGUGAAGCUGUAGACCGACUGUGUCCAAGGUCUCUAAAUGUUGUGGGACAUUUAAAAAAAGAAAAGAAAAAAAAAAAAGUUAAGGACCCUUUUGAAUUGCACUGUGGUAUAAAAACUACGCACCUUGCUAGAGGACGCCAAGUCCUCCUUAGGGAAAAGAAAAAGACUCUUGGCACCUUUUUUCAGAUGGGCAGUCUGAAAGACGCCAAGCGGGAAGCGCUGACUGGUUUUUGGCUGAGGAGCCUCGCUGUGGUUGUUUGCGCCUCCACAAAGUGCCUAGCGUAGCCUCGUAGCGUAGCCACCUAGCAUCACCUCGCUCCCUUUUGCUGCUCGCACCUUUGUCGACAUUUUCAUGAUACAGCGCUACCUUGACUCAUAAGUUGAAAUGCUUCUGUGACCAAAAUCGGAAAUCAAUUUACUCCAAUAUCACAUCAGUUUUUCACCAGUGAAUUCCCAUGAAUCCGUUCCAGUUGUGUGGCAUAUUUUUUUUACUGAAACAAUUACUGUUUUAAAAAAUUCAUAAAUUGGUUUUAAAAUGUGUAAUUACUGUACGUACUGUCGUAUUCGUGCGUCGGACGUGUUGCCUUCAGGGGCGCGGCCUCGUGAGUGACGUCAGGAGAUGGCGCUUGCUAGGUUAGUUUUGUUACUGUCUGCUUUAUGCUCCUUACGACUGUUCUCAUUUUGUAUUUGACUGUUUAUCUCAUUUGUCUGAAAGUAUAUCGGCGAUUGUGGCUGGCCUUGCCCACAUGCCAGGGGGCAUUACAGUAUCUUAAUUACUUCACUCACUCAAGAGGCGGCACAUCUGAAGGUGGCGCUUAACUAACAUUUUGGCUCGCAACACAAAACAAAAAACUCAACAUUUGGGUCACUUAGCCACUGUCGCCGAUGCACUUUCAGCCAAACACACAAAUACAAAAUGAGAAGACGCGUAAGGAGCUGCUGUAGGCCACGUCACACCAACCCACCAGGCCCCGCCUCUCAAAGGCACAUGUAAUUCACAGAAACGACAAUGUUUAUUUUCUAUGCUACUAUCUAUAUUUUAGGCUUGCAAUUUUUAUGGUGUGUUAAAAUUAGGGAUGUUCAAUACCACUUUUCUUCUUGACUGAUAUCAGUACAAGUAAUCACUUUUGAGUACUCGCCGAAACUGUACCGAUACCACUAGUACUUUUGAUACAUAGAAUUUCAUUUAACAAAGAGCUUUCUUUCUUUCUUUCUUUCUUUCUUUCUUUCUGUCAAACUGCCACGGUGUAGUGCCAACUACUGGCAAGGAGGACCUACUAAAUUUCAGAUUCUUUGUUUUGCCUUGGAAGUAUCAGUGGCUGAUAUCUGCAGCCUUCGUGAGUACCUGAUAUACCUUCAAAUAAGGCCGGUAAUAAUGUUUAUUUUACAACCAAAAAGCUGUAAAACCCUAAAUAUUUCUUUGUGUCAGUCAGAAGAUGACAUCCAAGACUCAAUGAAAUGAAUUUUCCACGUUUUUUGUUUGUUUGUUUUGUUGUAUUUUACACGCAUUUAUGUGGGUUCUCUUUGACUAAAAACCAGUCACCCGUUUGCGCAGAGCUUGAAAAGUCAUCAUUAGCCAAUAAUUGCAAACAUUCCACCACGUUCAUGUCAAAUAAUGUACAGUAAAAGCCUAUCGUCUCUCAGUAAUCACACUACUACAGUACUACUACAGUAAUAUUUGGACCUGUUAACACAUUUAACUCCUUUUGUCAGUCAGUAAACCUUUAAGAUAGAAAACAAAACAAAAAAACAUACAAAAGUGCCGUAAAAAUAGAAGCCUGAUAUUUUUGCUUUGUUCUGGUUUUUGCGUGUGUCUCUUGUAAACCUGUAUAAUGUAAAAUUUAAUAUUUAUAUGCAGCUGUUGUAUUAAAAAUAUAUUUUUAAAAUAAAAACAAGUGUAGUUUUGUGUGUGACUCGUCAACACCGCCUGCUGACCAAACACUUGCUGGACAGAAGCACGAAACAUUCAGAGAAUCUGUUCUAUAUUUAGUAACCAUUUUGCUGAUAAAACAAUUUUUCUACUCGGUCUCGGGAUAGCUGAAAAGAAAAGUUUUGGGGGGAAAAAAUCCCGAGAGAGGAACAAUUCCUAAGUGCAGUUGUUUAAGCCGUUCCACACUCACAGUCACAUUUGAACUCACUAAAUACAACUAAAGAAGUGAAUUCCCGCGGAAUUAGAUAUUUUUUUGUAUACAUUUGUAUGUUACUCUAAUAUAAUACAAUUUUAAAAAGGAUAUACAACCAUUCAAGUGAUGCGCAAGUGUGAAUAAAAAUGUGAAAAAUAUUGGUUUUAGUUCUAUUUUAAUUUAAAAAAAAAAAAAUAUGAAAUAAGCAUAUCUAAAUUAUAAAACUGCAUAGUUCGUUGCAUUGUGUUUAAAAAAUAUUUUACACUAAAAUACAUGUAAAUGGCAAAAAAGAAAUGUGAAAUAGGGGCAUAUAAUAAAACUAAUGAUACAUUGGUAUUUGUACAAGUUCAUUUGUUUUACUGCGAUUGGCUGGCAACCAAUUGAGGGUUGGCCCCGCCUCUCGCCCAGAGUCAGUUGGGAUAGGCUCCAGCAUGCCUGCGACCCGAGUGUGGAUAAGUGGUACGGAAGAUGAAUGAAUGAAGAUUUGUUUUUAUAAAAAAAACAAAAAACAUGGGCAUAUAAUGUAACUAUAAAAUAUGCCCAUACAAUCUAAAUGAUGAUUUGUAUAAUUUCAUUUUUAAAUACUUUUGACAUAUUUUUAAAUGGAAAAAUGCAGUUUACAUAUUGUAACGGUGAGCCUAAUCGCAUAAUUACCCAAGUCAUUUUGAACUUACUGUCACAAUAUCAAUAAGUAUCAAUAUGCUUGCUGAAAAAAUAUUCUUCUGCAAAGGUUCAAUCAAGGCACUGGACUUGUCUUGUUCAUUGAAUUUACACGUGCCCUGCGAUUGGCCGGCGACCAGUUCAGGGUGUGUACCCCACCUCUCGCCCGAAGAUUGCUGGGAUAGGCUCGAGCACGCCCGCGGCCUUAGUGAGGAUAAGCGGUACAGAAAAUGGAUGGAUUCCAAAUGACUCGGGAUCAUCCAUUUCAUUUGAAAGAGACACAGUAGUUAUCAAAAUAUUGUGUU